AUGACUUCCACAAUCCCACCAGCACCACCAUCCCAACAACAACAACAACCACUCAAUCCAACAACGACUGAAAUAAUAACACCCCUGCCCCCCUCCGCCCUCACAACCCUCCUCUCCACCACAACCACAACACCACCCACCCCCCUCUCCGCAAACACAAUCCAAAUCCUCCACAACCUCCAACACCAACACCUUUGGACCUCCCUGCGCGUCCACGACCUCCACCUCCCCAGCAAAUCCACCACCGGACCUGAACAAUCCCUCUACCUCAUCUCCGGCAUUCCCCCGCACCACCUCUACAUCCACCCGGACGAGCAGCUGUUUAUGCUGGAGCGCGGACUGCGCGAAGACGACGUCGAGCUCGAGCGCAUGUUCGUCCUGCCCACGGUGCAGGGCGAGUCAUGGACGCUACGCAAGUUGGCGGGGGUGUUUGAUUCGUUGCCUGAGGGUAGCGAGGAAGUACUGGAAGGAGGGGGUGAGAAGGCGGAGAAGUUGAGGGAAUAUUAUGAGUAUCGGGGGAAGGCGAGGGCUACGAAGGAGUGGGGAUGGUGCGGUGAAGCCGAGACAGAAUUAAUAUAUGAUUGGAGAGAGGAAAUGGGGUUAUACAUGGGCUACGGGUGCGAAGAGAAGGCAUAUGCUGCUGAGCGUACAGCAAGAAGCAAGCAAUUCCUUGCAAUUUCUCUUUACACCGAAGAAGAUCGAAUUAUAUACACGGAUGACAGACAGCAACAAGAGACGAACCGGACCAAGUACCUCUCAGAGGCAUUCGACGAAACGGACAGAUGAGCAACUGCAGCCGGGUAUCGUGGGAACAAGCAAGUAACGGGGACAGACAAAACAGCCAUGCAUCCUCAGCCAUGUUGUGAAAGAAAAGAGCAACUCAUGGCGCACCUAAGGGACGUUCAUCCUCAAUUUGGGCGUGUUCCGCCUGGCAACUAGUGCAGUACGUUUCGUACCAUUGCUGAACAUCAUCGGUGAGUUCAGCAAACACACUCUGCCCUGAGCGGUC